AACAUUACCAAUAACAAGUGAAAGAAACCCUCGUCAUGGGUAGAAGAAUUGAAACACUGACUUUGUGAUGAUUAACACCACAAUCACCAGGACUUUCUGAAGAAAAAAUCAUUUCAAAUUCUCAUUCUUCAAAUAGUUACAAACCAAAAGAACACGAUGAAUCCCUAUUACGACGUAGAGAAGCUAAGAGACGAAGUGAUCUACCUCCACUCUCUCUGGCACCAAGGUCCUCCACAACCCCCCAUAACCACCACCACCACCGCUACUCACUUUCCUCAGCCCCAAUACACGAGCCACGAUCUCCGUCAUCACUAUCCUGCACCUGCCCGCACCGGAUCAUCCCUCCGGGUCCCAUCCACCUCUUUCAAGAAGAAGAAGAAUAAGAAGAAGAAGCAAAAGGGUCGUGAUAGGGAUAACUCCGCACGACCCGAUCCGGAAUGGCCAUGUCCUGUUCGACACGACCCGGAUCCAUCCACCGGUUGGGCCAAGCCAAAGACCGGUCCAGCCCCUUCGUCUGAGGUGCCUCAGCAAGAAAAGGAAAGGCUUGCGGCAGUGCAAAUGCAGCAGAAAGCGUGCAAAGCUGUGAAGGAGUUUCUUUCUAAUUGGGAUAAUGAUGAUGAUUGUGAUGGUGAUGGUGACGGUGAUGAUGAAGAUGAUGAUGAUGAUGGGGUAUGGGAAGAGAUUCGGGAGUUCUUUGUGGGAUUGUUCUUGGAGGACGAUGAACUCAGAGGGUACUACCAGAGGUGUUUUGAAAGUGGAGAGUUUUGCUGCUUGGUGUGCGGGGCAAUUGGGAAGAAGAAUCAUAAGAGGUUUAAGGACUGUGUUGCGCUUAUUCAGCAUUCUAUGUCCAUUUUGAGGACGUUGAAGAGAGGGGUUCACAGGGGCUUUGGUAUGGCACUAUGCAAGGUUUUGGGUUGGGAUGCUGAUCGGCUUCCUACCAUUGUGAUGAAAGGGCAGCCUCUUGGGCUGGAGACGAGUACGCCUGCUGAGGCAGAGGGUGAGCCUAAUUUGAAUAACUUGGUUAGUGAUGGUGAUGGAAAAGAUGGUUCCCAGUCCUACGAAUCAGAUGAUAAAGCUGUGUCUUUGGAGCAUGGGGGUGUGCAAGUUGAGGAGGAGCCAACAAAAGGCAUUGAUCAGAGUACUAAUAAUGUUAGUUUGUUUCUAAGUAUGAGCUUUAGCCUUUUCAAGGGAAAAAAGAAAAGCUUCAAGACAUUGUUUGUAAACUCUCUUUUGACGCUUCUGUUCUAUUUGCAAUGUUCUUCCAAGGAAAGGGAUCAAGAUGAUCAUAAAUUGGAUAUUGGAGUGCAAAAUGGAGGUGGAGCAAUAUAUGAGGGUGGAACCUAGGUAUAAAGUUGAAGAUCAUGGAAAGUAUUUUGCUGUAAAUCAAGUGAUAAAGCUGUAUCAUAGAGGCUCUGUGAUUAGCAAGCUGAGACUCAUUUGCAAGGAGUUGAUCAGAUUGUUAACUGUUAUUUUAACGAGUUAGUAGAAGGGUUAGGGUCUCUUUGGACUAUUUUCUCCAUGAAAGCUUAUAAGGAAGAAAAAUAUCAAGAGAAAAUGAUAUGGACUUCUCCACUAGUUAAAAUUAAUUUAUAAAAAUUGGGAAAUUUUAAAGAA